AUGGCGAAUAUCUCAUCAUCAUCAUCUACGAGUGCAGCAUCAGUUGCAGAGAGGUUCUCCUGGUAUUGUGCUUUGUUCUUACUGGUGCUACUCUUGUUGGAUUGUUCCGACCCAGAUGAAAGUGAAUUGCCAAUUCAGAUGCAUCAGAUCACUGAGAGGGUUAACUACAACAACAAGAAGAAGGUAUGUGAUGAGAUUUACGUGGUGGAAAAGGGGGAGACUCUGCAUACAAUUAGCGAAAAGUGUGGUGACCCUUUCAUUGUCGAAAAGAAUCCACAUAUCCAUGACCCAGAUGAUGUUUUCCCUGGUUUUGUGAUUAAGAUCACUCCCAAUGUUAGUUUGAGUGGGGGUGUCAUUGGAGGCAGUCUGGCAUCUCUGCUUUACACUGCAUCACAGCAUUACUACAGAUUCAAAUUUUCGUUAGUUAUAGGAAUCCAAGGGGUUGAAAGUUCAUCAAAUCAUCAACAACAACAUCUGCAGAAAAGUAACAAUGGAGACCUGCAUCGCCUAACUCUCUCGAAGCUGUUUGUGUUCGGAGACUCAUACACUGACACAGGGAAUAUCAGAAAAUCAGUAUCAAGUUCUUGGAAGCUGCCCUAUGGAAUCACUUUUCCCGGUAAACCGACUGGCCGUUUCUCCGACGGUCGCGUCUUGACCGACUACGUAGCAUCGUUUAUGGGAAUAAAGUCGCCAAUACCAUACAGAAGGAGAAUGAUGAAAAGGAAAUCAGUGAGAUACGGGGUGAACUUCGCCUGGGGAGGAACAGGCGUUUUCAAAACGCUGGUCUCCGCCCCAAACAUGACCACCCAGAUCCGCCUCUUCCAGCGUUUGAUCCACCACGAUCGUCUCUACACACAGGACGACCUCGCCUCCUCCCUCGCUCUUGUCUCCCUCGCCGGCAACGACUACGGUGCUUAUAAUGCUCGCAAUGGCUCUGCCCAGGGUUUGCGGGGUUUCAUUGCUUCUGUGGUUAAACAAUUGGCAUUGAACCUAAAACGUAUUCAUGACAUGGGAGUGAAGAAAAUAGCGGUUACGGCUUUGGAACCCCUGGGAUGUCUCCCUCAGAACACAGUGAAGUUUUCUUACCAGAAAUGCAAUGGAUCUCUGAACAUGGCCGUCAAUUUCCACAAUCUCCUGCUCCAACAAGCUGUGGCCAAGUUGAACAACGAGACCAAGGACUCUGCCUUCCAUAUCCUUAAUCUCUAUGAUGCCUUCAUGUCCACAUUCAAGAGACACGGAAACCAUUCAGGAGGAAGCAUAUUGAAGCCAUGUUGCGUGGGUAUGAAGCAGGAGUUUUCAUGUGGGAGUGUGGAUGAGACAGGUAAGAAGCAGUACAGAUUGUGCCAGAACCCUCACUCUGCAUUCUUUUGGGACGAUGUUCACCCAUCACAGGCGGGUUGGCACACUGUCUAUGCAGCUUUGCAGGCUUCUCUAUUCCAACUCUAUCCCUAAAACUUCCUUCAUUCUACAAUUCUCA